CACACUUCUUCCCUCUUCAACCUGGCGGUGAACCCAGAGUUGUGAGACGAAAAAAAAAAACAACCCAUUCAUGAUAUCAAAUGUGGAGUGUGGGCUCUGUGAGAAGGCCUGAACACACGUGAACACAGAGGGAAACAACAGUGAGAGAGUGUGAGGAGAAGCAGAAGAAGAAGAAGAGAAACAACCUGGACUGUGGACAGACUGCGAUGAUGAUGGUGAUGAUUCUCAUAAUGUUGAUGAUUCUGGUGAUAAAGACAGCAACAGCCUCGGUGCCUGGCCCAGAGAUGGACGUUAAACCAGGAGUGGAGACCAGCUUGGCCAAACGAACCCUGAGCUUCUGCUACCAGUUGAAGUUCGGGGUCACAGAGAUUCCCUCCAGCAUCUCCAGCAACACCACAUGCCUGGAAGUUAAGCAGACGGAGAUCGUAGUGAUUCCCCAGGGCGCCCUCAACAGCCUGCAGCACCUCAGGAAACUCACCAUAUGGGAGAACGACAAGCUGGAGAGUAUCAAUGAGUUUGCCUUCGCCAGCCUCUCUCAGCUCACCGAUAUCUUCAUCUCUGGGAAUGUUGCGUUAAAAAAUAUAGGAGCUUUUGCUUUCUCUGAUCUGCCUGAACUCACUGAGAUAACCAUAACAAAGUCAAAACACCUGACACACAUCAAUCCAGAUGCAUUCAAGGACAUUGUGAAACUGAAGUAUCUGACCAUCGCCAACACCGGACUGAGGCUUUUUCCAGACUUCACCAAGAUCCACUCCACAGGCCUGCUUCUGUUUGACCUGCACGACAACAGCCACAUAGAGAGAGUCCCCGCCAAUGCUUUCAAAGGCCUCUGCACUCAAACUAUCCCUGAGAUACGGCUCACCAGAAAUGGCAUCAAGGAGGUGGCAAGUGACGCCUUCAACGGCACAAAGAUGCACAGAUUGUUCCUAAGAGGCAACAAACAGCUUACUCACAUCAAUCCCAACGCCUUUGUGGGUUCCAGUGAGUUGGUGGUACUGGACAUUUCCCAGACAGCCCUCAGCUCCCUGCCGGACUACAUCCUCGGUGGACUCCAGAAGCUGAUCGCAGAGUCCGCCCCCAAUCUGAAGGAGCUUCCUCCUCUGGAGCUCUUCACCAAACUGCACCAGGCCAACCUGACGUACUCGUCACACUGCUGCGCCUUCCAUAACAUACACAGGAACAGAUCAAAGUGGAACUCCCUGUGCUCCCACCCCGAUGCUCAGGGCAACCUUCACUUCUACAGGGACUACUGCUCCAACUCCACCUCCAUCAUCUGCACCCCAACUCAAGAUGACUUUAACCCCUGUGAGGAUAUCAUGUCCGCCGUCCCCCUGCGGGUCCUCAUCUGGAUCAUCUCCAUCCUCGCACUGCUGGGGAACACAGUGGUACUUCUGGUCUUAUUAGGCAGCCGCACCAAACUGACUGUUCCCCGUUUCCUCAUGUGCCACUUGGCCUUUUCUGACCUCUGCAUGGGCAUCUACCUGGUAGUCAUAGCAACUGUAGACAUGCUCACUCAAGGCCAGUACUACAACCACGCUAUAGACUGGCAGACGGGCCUCGGCUGCAGUGUUGCGGGCUUCUUCACGGUGUUUGCCAGUGAGCUGUCAGUGUUCACAUUAACAGCGAUCACCCUGGAGCGUUGGCACACCAUCACACAUGCUCUGCGGCUCGACCGUAAACUUCGUCUGAGACAUGCCUGUAUUGUCAUGACAGCAGGGUGGAUCUUCUCCGCCGUAGCUGCUUUGCUUCCCACAGUCGGAGUCAGCAGCUACGGCAAGGUGAGUAUCUGUCUGCCCAUGGACGUGGAGUUUCUGGGGUCUCAGGUCUACGUGGUGUCUCUUCUCCUCCUCAACAUCCUGGCUUUCUUCUGCGUGUGCGGCUGUUACCUCAGCAUCUACCUGACCGUCCGCAACCCCUCGUCAGCGCCGGCCCACGCCGACACACGUGUGGCCCAACGCAUGGCAGUCCUCAUCUUCACCGACUUUGUCUGCAUGGCUCCCAUCUCCUUCUUUGCCAUCUCAGCAGCCCUCAAGCUCCCUCUCAUCACAGUGUCAGACGCCAAACUCCUGCUGGUCCUCUUCUACCCGAUCAACUCCUGCUCCAACCCCUUCCUGUACGCCUUCUUCACACGCACCUUCAGGCGGGAUUUCUUUCUCCUCGCAGCUCGCUUCGGCCUGUUUAAGACCCGAGCACAGAUUUACCGGACAGAGAGUUCCUCCUGUCAGCAGCCGGCGUGGACCUCUCCAAAGAGCAGCCACGUGAUGCUGUACUCCUUGGCCAAUGCAUUAAGUCUAGAAGGGAAACCAGAGUUCUGACUGUUAUUCAAAAGCAGAUACAAACUUUUUGCUUAAUUUUGUUGGUUUUCAUGUAUCUCUGAUAUGUUGCCAGUAUUUUUGGCCAGCACAUCAGCUGCUGAUUCUUCAGACCUGACCUCAGACCUGCAACAACACAAGUAUCCAGUGUCCUUCUUAAACCAUGUGUGACAACUCUACUGUAUGUACAGUGUGUAUAGAAAACCAAGUAAUAGCUACAGAACAACUGCAGAUACUUUGACCAAAUCUAGGUCAAAUGGCUGUCCCAGAUAAUUCCUUGUGUUUGUUUUAAUUUGAUUGGAACGCCAGAUGGGUGGAGUUUACUGCAUAAUAACAAUUGAGUUCACAAGUAAAUGUAGGAGGAGUAUCAGAGGAGGUCAACUGACUUUUACUUUCAUGCAUUGUCUUAUAUAACAUCCAUCUGGUGUCCCAAGAUAAUGAAACAAGCUUAAAUACUUUGAAUCUGUUUAAUAAAGGUUUGACACUCGGGAUAUCAGCAUAUGAACGUCAAGAAAUCAACAUUCAUUUAACAUUCAACGUCAUGAUUGAAUGAUAUUCAUUAAGAAGCACACCGCAGGGACUUACUGUUUAAUAAUCUCCUCAUACACCGUCUGCUGUAGCUCUACAUCCCUCCACAUCCCUCUUACCCUUCAGUGUCCAUAUUUUUUUAAUGAAGGACGUGUAAUUAUCUUUGUAAUGUAAUUAGGUUGUGUAAAUGAAAGUACCACUGUUUUGUAUAUGUGUGUUUUGUACAGAAUAUAUCUUUGAGAUGUAAUUUCAUGUCAUUUAUAAAUUUGUUUAUUCAA